AUGAAUCUGCACCGUAUAAGCCCGGAGUAUCUUGUGAUGUGUGGUGUUUUACUGCAAUGUAUACUCGAUUUAUUUCACUGUGAUCUGACAACGUAUGCCUCUCCCUUAACACAACCUCCCACGGAAAAUGAGCAAGCUACAUUUGGCGAUACUGUGGAUUUGGGCAUCACGAACAUUCUGACCAUUAUGGAAAGCAUCAGUUCGGCCACAAAUGAUCAGUUAGUCAACCAUGCGAUGGCUGACGAUCCUGCAGCCUAUCACAUCACCAGUGCCGCCCAACUGAGUCAAUUAAACGAUCCGGAAUAUUCAAGAUUUAGAUGCGAAAUUCAGUGCGGCGUUCGACCAGCUCAUUCCACAGAUGAGCUCAAACGUGUUCAAACAUUGUUACCAAGUGUGAAUAGCGAUCAGCCUGUCGUUAUAGACUGUACACGGACUGGGAACUCCUCAUCUGGCUCUACUGACGACACUCCGGUCCGUGUGGAUUGCACUGCCCACUACACGGGACGAUUGAUUCAUGUGAUUGUGACCUACGACAAAUCCAACAUAUUUAAUGAGACCACACCGGCUCCAGUGAUUCUCGGUGACCGGUUCGCUGAACACAUUCAAUACUUGUUUGAUGUGCACGUUUCACCAGAUCGAAAAUCUGCAACAAGUCUUUAUGUGACAUUGGAUUUACCUAUCCGUACAUUGGAUGCUGCCGAUCUUACACAAGAACGUUUAUGUCGCAGAGGUCAACCGCGGGGUAGUUGGCGACCGGUUGAAACAGUUGUAAGUAGUGUCACGCAACGACAGAAACCACGACUACGCACAAGACGUUCUCCACCCCGAGCGUCUCCGUCUGAAGAGAUCCGACCCGGGAUUGCUAUUGGUGAUCCAUGGCCAUAUUUUGCUGAAAAAUUGAUACAUCGGUUUGAGGAAGAGAUCAAAAAUUUUGGGAAUGACGUGAGACGUGAUAUUUCCUGGUAUCAGACAGUGAUGAAUCUAUUCAUAGGGAUUCUAGCUUUUGCCCUACUCAUUUUGGGUGCUACACUGGUAGCGUUUUGGAUAUUUUUGAGACAUGUAAUUCGUGGAAAGGUCAAACCGGCCAGAGCGACACUAUAG